UAAUAUGUAUCUUACAUAUUUAAAGUUUAGGUGUCACAUGGCCGAGUGACGGGCCUGCCUGAGGUAUCAGUUUUCUAUCUGGUUGUGGUAUUUGUGCCUAACUCACUGGGCUGUGAAACGUAUGACAAGAAUAUAGUUAUUACAGAUUCCUCUUGGAUUUCCCCGCUCUCACUCAUCUGGAACAUUUGUCUUUCUGAGGCUAGGACCAUCUGAAUUUUCUACCUGGAAUUUACAUUGUUUCUGGAGUUUAACUUUUGUAAAUGAUGAGGCUACGAAGAAAGAAGAAAGACAAGAAAAAGAAUGGCGAAAUGAAAUCAGCCACACUGAGUACCACAACGCAGCAUACACCUCCCCCAGAGAGGAAAAGCAAGUUCUCCUCCAUAGGGAAAAUAUUCAAACCCUGGAAAUGGAAAAGGAAGAAAAAGAGUGAAAAGAUAGAGAGAACAGCGAAAGAAAUAGAAAGAAAAAUUUCAAUAAGAUCAACACGAGAAGAAUUAAUACGCAAAGGUGUGUUGAAAGAUGUUGAUGCAGUUUCAACAUCAAAGCCGACAUCAGGCGAACCCAAGACUGCUGAUAAUGCCCAGAGUCUGCAAGUGGAGGUCACAUCUGAAUCUAACCACAUCAACACAGAGGCUGUGACAGAAGUUAGUUCAUCGGAUGUGUCAACAUCCGAGUGUAAUGGAACUGCCACAGUAGACAGUGUAUCCAUGGAAACUACACCUGUCACAAUAACAACCCAAGCAGAGAUUACUUCCUGUUCAGCAAACACUACUGCACCAGUGUUGACCACAGCUCAGGUUAGACCUAUGGUAUUUCCACAUCUACAGGGCACGACCACACCUGAUUCUGGUGUGUCCACCACAGAGUCACCGCCACCCCCACAGGAGGAGAAGCCUAUGGAUCCACCUCCCCAACCUGCUCCAGAGCAGCAAGAGGUGGCAGAGGUCAAGGUUGAAGAACCAGUGGAAUUCAGUGAUCCUACUGGAACAUUCCAGAUAGCACCUGCUUCUGACUGGGACAAUUCAAAACUUCCUAAAAAGAGUGCAUUAAAGGGGGCAGGCCAAGCAGAGUCCCCCCCAGUGACCGAUUCUUCUUCUGUUCAUUUCUCACAUGUAGAUAUCAUAGAUUCACCACCCCCUGUAGAGGUAGUGCCAGUCAGUGAACCAAAGUCCUCACCCAAAGCCACCCCUGUAGCAGCACCCAGGCCAAAACUCCGAGGAGGACUCUCAAAAUUCACGGCCAGUGAUAAUAAAGAAAACCAAACAGACACACCUGUGGCCAAACCGUCUUUCACAAACAGUCAAACGGACAAGUCAGACUAUAAUCCAGCGGAUGAUUCCUCAUCUGAUGAUGAAGAGAUCCGUUACCGUGACGAUGAAGAUGAAGAGGAAGAUGAACCUGUGUCGGCACUUGCAGCAAAGGUGGCUCGGCAAGAUAGCUUGGCACGAUUCCUCAGCAACAGACCAUCAAGAACAGAACUGGUGGAAAAAAAUAUAAUUCAGGAAAAAUCAAUAUUACAGAAAACAGAAGACAGGAAUGCAAUCGGUAGUAAGCUUAUCAGACGACUGAGUUUAAGGCCCACACAGGAGGAAUUGGAACAAAGGAAUAUUCUACACACCCAAAGUAUUGACCAAGCUGAAAAAGAUAAAGAAGAGAAGAAAAGAUACCUCAUACGAAAGCUAAGCUUUAGACCCAGUAUAGAAGAACUAAAGGAAAGAAAGAUCAUCAAAUUCAAUGAUUAUGUAGAGUGGACAGAUGCCCAUGAAUAUGACAGACGGGCAGACAAACCAUGGACCAGAUUGACACCAAAAGAUAAGGCUGCUAUUAGGAAAGAAUUAAAUGAAUUUAAGAGUAAAGAAAUGGAUGUACAUGAAGAGAGCAAGCAUCUAACAAGAUUCCAUCGCCCUUGACAAUAACUCAGCUGAUAUUUCCAUUCCUGCUGUCCAGGAUGGUGGGCCUAUAACACACACACAAACUUUGAGCAGCUGGUCCUUUGUAAUCAUUUGCUCACUGCACAACAUGAUCAGGGAGUCCAUUAGCAGCUUCUGUUUCUACUGAUUCCGCUGUGAUGACCUGUCUUUCACUGCUUCCUGUAGCCCAGUUUCUGUUUAAGCUUUAUUUUUUAUUUAUUAUGCAUAGAUAGAUAUUUUUUUGAAGGGGUUGGGUGGGGGGUCAUUGCAUAUCUUUGCGAAAAAUGAAAUGUUGUUUUAUUUACUGGAGAUAGUCUGUUUAACAGGGAAUUUUGGUAAAUUUUCUAAUUUCACAGAGACUCCCAUGGAAAAUGACUUAAUUUUGUGUGCAAUAUGAAGGUAUGCCAUAAAUUUUGUGACUGAACAGAGAGCAUGCUUGUCUGUAUAAUAGAGAUAAUCUGUGUGGUCUUAAUCACAAGAAUCAUCCAUAUGCAGUUACCCAACAAAAUUAUUCCUACACUUCUAUGUGUUCUGAGCAUAUUGAACAAGAUUGUAAAGGUAGAUGUAUCAGCUAUUUUAGUUUGUCAUACAUUUAAGUAACAAAAAUGCACCACCAAUUUUUUUUUUUACAAGUAUUUCAUGUAGUCUUGUUACCAAAUAAGAUAUAAUGGUGCCUGUACCAGUAAAUCUCAGCAUUGUACGUAUAUGAGAAUUAUAAAUGUCCAUGCUUUCUAGAUGUUAUUUUAAUCUGAAGUGCCCCCAAAAAGUGAUUUUUAAAAAAAUAUAUUUAUCAACUAAAUCUUUCCUUCAGCUGUCUGUGUGUUUUAGAUGCCACUAAAACAGCAAUUUUCAAAUGGCAAUCCUUUAUCAACACGUCAUGAAUGAUUUUUCUAAAGUUUCCAAAUUUUCUAAGCAGCCUGAGUACUUUCUGAGGUAAAUACGACAACGAUCUCAACACAAAUUAAUUCUUUUUAUUGAUAGAAAUAAUUAACUAUAUUUUAUUUUAUUUCCAAAGUUUACUUCUGUAGUAGAUUUUCAUCAAAUGGUGCAGUAAUAUUGAGGUAAAAUUAGAAGGCAUUUGUUUUAUCUUUCACACAUUGUUUAUAUUAAGGAUAAAUAACACAAACAAAUUUUUAUUUUCCAAAAUUCAAACAUCUUUCCUGUAAUGGGUGCAACUCCCAUUAAAGAAGUGAUAUCUGUUGAGCUUAACUUCAUUUUUGCCCAAGCCACAUAAUUUGGUGAAAAGUGGGAAAAUAUGUAUCAUUUUUCAAUAGUUUAAGAAUGUGUGAAGUUUUGUUAACUGUUAACUUUCUGGGAACAUCCUCAAGAGUCUGUUUUUACAUUUUACACAAUAAAUAUUUUCUUAUAUUUCCAAUAAGAGAAAUAUUAUAUAAAAGCAAACUCACAUUUCUAUUUGGGAGAUUAGAAAAUUUGUUUGUGGUAUGUAUCAUUAAACACAAAAUUGAUUUAUUAAUGUUUAUGUGGUCUGUUUUAUUAAGAAGACAGUUAAGAUCUGUACAAACAUUUAGGUACUUGCUAUUUAGAAGCAUCAGUGAUAUUUCGCAGCUUUUCAUUAGUAACUUUUAUUUUGCUGUAUGAUUCACACAAUAUUGUAUGUUCAAUUUUUUUUUUUUUACACGAAAAGCCAAAAGAAAUUGUCAGUAAUCUUUAGGUUAAUAAUGGGGUGUUAAAGGUUAAUAACUGUUUGAAUAAUUACGGUAAUUACGAUUUUAAUGCCAGAUGUUUUUUAGUUGUCUGCCAGUUUGGUUGGAUCUGUUUAGAUAUUUUUUUUUUGAAAUGAGUGUUGUUUUGCAAUGAGAUGCAUUUAUAAUCCUAAAAUCACCAGUGAUGUAAUGCCUAAGCUGUUGUACAUAUGUGUGCUUAUCAUCAUUAAUUUAUGAACAGUGAUAGUGCUACGCUUUCCCUGAAACAGCCCAGACUACUAUGUCCUAUCCCAAGCUUUCUUGUUUACACAGAUAAACUAACUGGUCAUGUAAAUAUACAGGUAAAAGGAGGUCACCCAAAGGGGGAGAUCAUCCUGAUAUUUUGUUAAAAAGGGGAAGUCACCCUGAAACUUUGGUAAGCAGGGGAGAUCACCUCGAUACCAACAGGGGAGGUCAUCCUGAUACCUUGGUGCAUCGUAUCAGCAAACCUGGCAUCAGUUCAUAUUCAUUCCAUCAUUACAUUUUGUCCGAAGGAAUAAUGAAUUCACUUCAGAACAUUUCUGUGAUAUGUAAAUCAUUUGCUCUCAUCGUGUAGAAACAAUGGUGUACUAAACGUCAUUUUUAAUUAUUGAUUGUCAUUAUAUGUACAUGUAUAACAGAUAAGAAUACUAAGUACUGUAUAUAUACAUGUACAGCCUUAAUUUGUGUAUACUUUGUACUACUGUCACAUCAAAUGUCAACAUGGGCUAUAGAUGUAACAGUACAUAGGGUUUAUAAUUGUACCCAGCAUUUUAUACUGUCAACACAGUAAAGUAACUAUGGAAAACUGA